UCAUUCCGCGCGGUCUACUUCACGAUGUUUGGAAUAACCUAAGUACAAAAUCUUCGAGUGCGAUUUUCUCGCUUCGGUUGAGUGAUCGUAAAAAUUGAAAUAAAAAUUAAAAAAAAAAUAGUAAAAUAGUUUAUUAAAAGGACGAACAAAAAAAAGCAAUAUGGCGCACUUUCAUUACGCGAAGGUAUGGCUCGAGACGCGAGAAGAUUUGCAGAGUCUAAUAAAGCUCGACCAAAGUAUCUUGGAGCGCAAGACGAUAGUUAGAGCGGCGAACGUAGUCAAUACAGUUUUGGAAUUGUAUUUACGUUAUCGGAGAAUAGUACGUCGUUUGAUGGUCUGCUACGAUCGGAUGGUUCAGCCGCAGAUCCGGAUGUUUGUGAAAAAGACGCUCGAGUACGCUGUCGUUCGUAUGCUCGAGUAUCGACAGGAACUUUUCGAUCUUAUGCAUGUCGACUACUUUUGCCCAAACGACGUCUUGAUCGAGAUGAAAAUGACUCCCGACGACAUAGAUUUGCUCACAGCCGGAAAAUGCCAGCUCGAAUCGCGAAAUGAGUUUUUAGACGCUUUGAUUGAUGGUGAAAAUGAAGAGCCGAGUGUAUCGGAAAAAUCGAGAACGUCAUCGCUGGCGAUCGGUGAGAAAGGAGAAUUCAGAAAACGCGCGAUCUCACUCAUACAGAAACACGAACGAGCGAGAGUCGCUAGGAAGGUUGCGGCUGAAGCCAAACUGCGCAGAAAUCGAGUAGCAAGAAUAUCGACGGACGUUGAAGAGACAAAAGGGGCCGAGAAAUUAGAACAGGCAGCUAUCGUGAUACAGAAGCAUUGGAGAGGUUUUCGCGCCCGACGUAAGAUAAAACAUGGAUACGAAAAGAUUGAAGAGCUUUUGGGCAUGACGAUGCCCGCUUGGAGGUCUCGAGAAAUUUACAAGACUUCUCGGAUGGGCGACAUUGAAUUAUCGAGUGAUCAAGAGGCUGCUCUGGAGAAUUUGGAAAACAGGACUAGAAUGGAAAAAGAAAGGAUUUGGAAAACUCGCGGCCCCGACUUAGUGGAGGACAUCGAGGACGAGAUUCGCCAGUGGUUCCUCCUCUGGUUCGAGGAACUGGGCUACUUCGAUCACCUACCCUCAGCUAAAGAGGGCGGAUCGAUUUUAGUGUCCACCGGACAAGUCCGUACGCCGCAAGAGUACCUCGCCAGCUUAUCGGCGAAGGAAGACAAAAAUCUCGUCGACGACUCGAGCGAAGAGUUCGAUUCGAUGGACAAUGACGAAAGCGGUGAUUGGCGAUUGAGGGAAUCCAAAGCGUUGGGUUCGUUGUUGCAAACCGACGAGGAGUUCACGAACCAGUGGCACUUCAGAAUCGAAGAGAUAUCCAAUCCCAAGGGUGCUCUGAUCAUGGACACGAUCAGGGAUCGAUUGUUCUACGAGCUGCAGUUGGAGAUGCGGGAAAAGGCCGACGAUGUCAUGAGAGCCGAGUUGAAGUCGUUGAAUCAAGCGCUUUUGGCUGACCAUGCUCGCGAUCCAGUUAAGUUUGCUCUGCCGAAGCCGCAGAAAUAUCCCGGUAACUUGUGCAUCGAUUAAUCAUCGAUUACACGAGUGAGCAAAU